UAGUUUUUGUUCCGUCCGGGCUUCCGUACUUCGCCUCGUUCUCGCUCUCAGUCGGUCCUGCAGCGAAGAUGGCGGAAGCUCCCCCGCGGCCCUGCCGGUUCUUCUGUCACCGGUGUUCGGAAGAGAUCAGCCCUCGGCUCCCGGAUUACAUCUGUCCGCGCUGUGAGUCCGGCUUCAUCGAGGAGUUGCCUGAAGAGGGAAGUUCAGAGAAUGGGUCCACAUCUACAGCCUCUAAUGAUCAGAAUCGGCCCUCGUUUGAGAAUGUGGACCAGCACUUGUUUACAUUCCCACAUGGUUACGGGCAGUUUGCUCUGGGGAUCUUCGAUGAGGGCUUCGACUUCAGAGGGGGUUUGCCAGCGGAAGAUAACCGUGAUGCAGAGAACCGCAGAGAGCGGGAGAUGGCAUCACGACAGCGCUACGGGGCCAGACAGCCACGGGGAAGACACGUUCCCCGGAGACAAGGAGUGCGGCAUGAGGGUGUACCCACUUUAGAAGGAAUCAUUCAGCAGUUAGUUAAUGGAAUUAUUGCUCCGACAGCUAUGCCAAACAUGGCGAUGGGACCAUGGGGAAUGCUGCACUCAAACCCAAUGGACUAUGCAUGGGGUGCCAAUGGAUUAGAUGCCAUCAUAACACAGUUAUUAAAUCAGUUUGAAAAUACGGGUCCCCCUCCGGCAGACAAAGAGAAGAUUAAGAGUCUCCCUACGGUCCAGAUAACACAGGAGCACGUGGGUGCUGGUCUAGAGUGUCCUGUCUGUAAAGAAGACUACAGUGCAGGGGAGAACGUUAGACAACUUCCUUGCAAUCAUCUCUUUCAUAACGACUGUGUAGUUCCCUGGCUUGAGCAGCAUGACUCGUGUCCGGUGUGCAGGAAGAGUUUGAGCGGGCAGAACACAGCCACGGAUCCGCCCGGCCUAUCAGGGAUGAACUUCACCCCCUCUUCCUCCUCCUCUUCGUCCUCCAGCUCUCCGAGCAACGAGAAUGCCACCAAUAACUCGUAAGAGCUCAGCCCACAUCCCCAACACAUCUACACAUCAUCAUCAUCAUCAUCAUCUCAGCCGCGCCGGCCUGGUCGUCACACACUCUUUCCCCUCCACCGGAGACUGAUCUGUGACACAGUAGAUCCAGCGCUGAACCUGCCCAUCACUACUAACACACACGGACAGCGCAGAGAGAACGCCAAACCCCCGAGAGAACAAUACACUCUUCUGUUGCUUCAGACAGCGUUUCCUUGCUUUUUUUUAAACCGCUGAACUUCAGAGCGAUCAUUCCUCAAGGUUUGGGCACACACGGCAGGCGGCACCUGUCCGCGUGACGUGCUUUUAAUCAGCAGAAAGUGUGAGGAAAAGAGAGAGAAGAAGGAAAAGAGGAAGAGGAUGUCACGCAGCGCUGAGCUGCACGAUGACGGUGCCGGAUCUGAAGACACACCGAGCUGAACUGCGUUUUAGAAGCAGACUUAGUGUCUCUCCAGAGGGACGCGGUCAAAUAGAACCUUUUGUUUUUUAUCCUUUGAUUUUUAUUUUACGGAUAAAAGUGGCUGAUAUGUGAACGUGAGUAUGUGUGAAUCUCACAAAAACGGUCAAGAUCUCGCUUCACCCCAAAAUCAGAAGAAAAAAGAAGCCGUAUUAUGCUAAAACCUAUUUUAGAACCAGAAAUUUUACAGUUUGCCGUAACGCAAAAAAAUCUGAUUCUCGUUACUGUAAUACGAAAAAAUAUGAUUGAAUUCAUGUUUAUAGAUUAUAUUGUUAAUUGCACUGCCUUUAAUUUGAUAAAUCAUUUUAUUACAGUAUUUUAUAUUGUAAUACUACAUUACAGGGAAGAGAAUCACCAUCUGUGUAAUUCAUCUGAAUUGUCAUAAAAUAUAGUCAUUUUAGGCAUAAUGCAUUUUUCUUUUUGGAUUUUGGGGUUAAAUAAAACCUGGACAUGUUUUUUUGUGAUUCACCCAUAUAUAUGAAACCUAUUUAUUGAAAAAACAAAAAAUAAGAGCUGCGUCAUAUUGUGAAAAGCCAAGCGAUCCAAGAACAUCUGCGACUGAGGAAAACACUGAGUGCAGGUUUCUCUCCUAAUAUUUAUUUGCACAGUAUUUUUGAUUUUUUUUUUUUUGCGAAGAUUAUUAGAACAUUGAACAAACAGAAAAGUGUGAAUGUUUUUUUUUUUGGCAACAUUUGAUAUGAUUUUCUACAUUUAGCAUCGUCCUUAAAACUCAUGAGAGAAAUAUAUUUUCUCUAUUUCACCAUGCAUUUUUGGGCCUUUAUCCAAACAGCACAUGGCCUGAGAAUGUGAUAAAAUGCUCUCUCUUGCUUUCUCUCACUCACUCUUUUUUUUUUUUCUUUUAUAUUUUUAAAUCUCCUCACAUUCAGUUGUCUUCUCUCAGUCUGCCACACAUAUUCAGUGACUUUCAGUUCAAGGCGACCUUUUUUUAACUUAUUUUAAGUUAAAUGGUUUGUUUUUGUAAAUCAUAAUAAAGGAGAAGAACAAAUGAAUGAAUGAAUGAAUGAAUGUAUGUAUCACUCCUGAUGAUGAAAUGUUUCAUAAAAACUCAUUUGUCUCUCCACAGAUCACGAACACAAACUAACACCAGAGUUUCUGUGUUU